UCCCCCUGCCCCGCCUCUCCCAUCCCCGCCCCGCCCCGCCCGGCGACUUAACGCGCCCCCGCCCGGCGCCCGGCCUCGGCAGCCGCCUGUCGCCGCGGGAGCAGCGGCUAUCUCUGUGUGUCCGCGUGUGCGCCCGGUCCCCGCCUGCCGCACCAUGGAGGGCUACCACAAGCCUGACCAGCAGAAGCUGCAGGCCUUGAAGGACACGGCCAACCGCCUGCGUAUCAGCUCCAUCCAGGCCACCACUGCGGCGGGCUCUGGCCACCCCACGUCAUGCUGCAGCGCCGCAGAGAUCAUGGCUGUCCUCUUUUUCCACACCAUGCGCUACAAGUCCCAGGACCCCCGGAAUCCGCACAAUGACCGCUUUGUGCUCUCCAAGGGCCAUGCAGCUCCCAUCCUCUACGCGGUCUGGGCUGAAGCUGGCUUCCUGGCCGAGGCGGAGCUGCUGAACCUGAGGAAGAUCAGCUCCGACUUGGACGGGCACCCGGUCCCGAAACAAGCUUUCACCGAUGUGGCCACUGGCUCCCUGGGCCAGGGCCUCGGGGCCGCUUGUGGGAUGGCCUACACCGGCAAAUACUUCGACAAGGCCAGCUACCGAGUCUAUUGCUUGCUGGGAGACGGGGAGCUGUCAGAGGGCUCCGUAUGGGAGGCCAUGGCCUUCGCCAGCAUCUAUAAGCUGGACAACCUCGUGGCCAUUCUAGACAUCAAUCGCCUGGGCCAGAGUGACCCGGCCCCGCUGCAGCACCAGAUGGACAUCUACCAGAAGCGGUGCGAGGCCUUCGGUUGGCAUGCCAUCAUCGUGGAUGGACACAGCGUGGAGGAGCUGUGCAAGGCCUUUGGCCAGGCCAAGCACCAGCCAACAGCCAUCAUUGCCAAGACCUUCAAGGGCCGAGGGAUCACGGGGGUAGAAGAUAAGGAGUCUUGGCAUGGGAAGCCCCUCCCCAAAAACAUGGCUGAGCAGAUCAUCCAGGAGAUCUACAGCCAGAUCCAGAGCAAAAAGAAGAUCCUGGCAACCCCUCCACAGGAGGACGCACCCUCGGUGGACAUUGCCAACAUCCGCAUGCCCAGCCUGCCCAGCUACAAAGUUGGGGACAAGAUAGCCACCCGCAAGGCCUACGGGCAGGCACUGGCCAAGCUGGGCCAUGCCAGUGACCGCAUCAUCGCCCUGGAUGGGGACACCAAAAAUUCCACCUUCUCGGAGAUCUUCAAAAAGGAGCACCCGGACCGCUUCAUCGAGUGCUACAUUGCCGAGCAGAACAUGGUGAGCAUCGCGGUGGGCUGUGCCACCCGCAACAGGACGGUGCCCUUCUGCAGCACUUUUGCAGCCUUCUUCACGCGGGCCUUUGACCAGAUUCGCAUGGCCGCCAUCUCCGAGAGCAACAUCAACCUCUGCGGCUCCCACUGCGGCGUUUCCAUCGGGGAAGACGGGCCCUCCCAGAUGGCCCUGGAAGAUCUGGCUAUGUUUCGGUCAGUCCCCACAUCAACUGUCUUUUACCCAAGUGAUGGCGUUGCUACAGAGAAGGCAGUGGAACUAGCCGCCAAUACAAAGGGUAUCUGCUUCAUCCGGACCAGCCGCCCAGAAAAUGCCAUCAUCUAUAACAACAAUGAGGACUUCCAGGUCGGACAAGCCAAGGUGGUCCUGAAGAGCAAGGAUGACCAGGUGACCGUUAUCGGGGCUGGGGUGACCCUGCACGAGGCCUUGGCCGCUGCCGAACUGCUGAAGAAAGAAAAGAUCAACAUCCGCGUGCUGGACCCCUUCACCAUCAAGCCCCUGGACAGAAAACUCAUUCUCGACAGCGCUCGUGCCACCAAGGGCAGGAUCGUCACCGUGGAGGACCAUUAUUAUGAAGGUGGCAUUGGUGAGGCUGUGUCCAGUGCAGUAGUGGGCGAGCCUGGCAUCACUGUCACCCACCUGGCAGUUAACCGGGUACCAAGAAGUGGGAAGCCGGCUGAGCUGCUGAAGAUGUUCGGUAUCGACAAGGAUGCCAUUGCACAAGCUGUGAGGGGCCUCAUCACCAAGGCCUAGGGCGGGUAUGAAGUGUGGGGCGGGGGUCUAUACAUUCCUGAGAUUCUGGGAAAGGUGCUCAAAGAUGUACUGAGAGGAGGGGUAAAUAUAUGUUUUGAGAAAAAUGAA